AUGUAUCCAAACCAGGGAUGUGUCCUGUACUCGGACACGUCUACGACAGCCAGAUUUGGCAAUAUUGCUCUCUGGAAGAACGCCUCCCUGACUAGUACCUUUGAUGAAUACUCUGCUGCUCAUCAAGCUAUUGAUGGGGUAUGGCCUGAGGCAGGUAGUAACCAUCGCUGUGCCCAAACCAACCUCGAAUGGGUUCCACACCUAAAAAUAGAUUUAAAUCAAGAACAUUAUGUCGACCAUGUCGUUUUACUAAGUCGGGGAGAUGUUGGAACUAGUCAUGAUUUUGCCUUAUCGAAGAUAAAGAUUUAUGUAGAUAGUUCAUACUGUGGGUAUUUUGAGGGUCCAGCGGAACCUGGAACUAAUGCCACAAUUGUCUGCGGUGGGUGUCUUCUUGGUAAAGUUGUCGCCGUAUCAACUUGGGAUGGUAUCUCGUCACGAUAUCUGUCGAAUUGGGCCCUGGGAUGUAAGCUGACCAUGACGUCAUUUGUGUAUACUCUACUCGCCAGUUCGGUGUGGCUCAGUGUGGACGCGUCUGUCCUUGUCUGGAUGAUCUGUUGUAACCCGUGGUAUUUUCAAAAAAGUAGCAACAUUUUUCCACACCUUUUGAUAGGAUGGGGUGGACCUUUGCUUAUUGUGAUACCAUGGGUUUGUCUACGGAUUUACUUAGAUGAUGAGAUGUGUUGGAUGGCGAUCGAUAUAAACAACUACGAGUCUUGGGAGGCUUGUUUGUUUUUAGGACCUGUGCUUGUUAUCAAUUCGGUAAACAUUGUUUACUUAAUCCUGAUAGGCAGGUUUGUCAUAAAGAACCACAUGAUGAAGAAAAUUACCAGUAGCUCAACAGAUUUCAGAAGGCAUUGCAGUGGACCAAAAGAACAUACCAUUACUACAAUCCUAAAUACAGCGAAGCAUAUCUGCAUCAUCAUUCCUUUACUUGGAGUACCUGACAUUGUACUUACUAUUUUGUCAUUUUGGCCUAAUAUUCAUUUCUUGUAUGCUGAUAUGUUUUUCAGUUCGUUCCAGGGUUUCAUGUUAGCUGUGAGCUUGUGUUUGACGGAAAGAAAGGCUGUCAAAGAUUUUAAAAGCCUUGUUUUACCUUGUACAUCAUUAACAAGGAGAGUAUCGAGAUCAUCUUCUACUGGAGAAAACGCGAGUGUUAAUACAAGUAUUUACCAACUAAUGAAUCAUGGGAGCUCAACAGUGCACAGUGUGUAAUGUGCACAACUCUUAUGUGUGAAUGUGUUAAUGUAGUUUCAA